ACUGUUUGUAGGAGGUCGCAGGGAUAACGCUAGCUGUCCACAUUUCAUUCCCUUGACUUCUUCUAUCAAUCGUGCAAUGUCCAGGAUAUUAAUCGUUGGCGCAGGGCUGACAGGAAGCCUGUGUGCUUAUCUCCUGAAAAAGGAGCUGGCUAGUAAAUUACAAGUGGUUGUGUGGGAUAAAGCUAGAGGAGCAGGAGGACGAAUGUCUACAAGCCGAUGUCCCUCAAAUCCAAACUGUACAGUUGACUUAGGAGCUCAGUACAUUACAGUCACCCCUCAUUAUGCUCAGAAACACAAAAGAUUUUAUGAUGAGCUUCUGGCACAAGGCAUUUGUAAGCCUUUGAAUUCUGUAGUAGAAGGAAUGGUGAUGAAAGAUGGAUCUUAUAAUUUGGUUACACCCCAAGGAGUGUCAUCAAUUGUUAAGUAUUACCUCGGACAGUCAGCAGGUGCUGAUGUUUUUUACGAGCGCCACGUUACACACAUAAACCUUCGAGACGGCGCAUGGGAGGUCUGUAGAAAAUCUGGGACACCAGAAUCCUUUGACGUGGUUGUUCUUACUAUGCCAGUACCACAGAUUUUACAGCUUAAAGGUGACAUUGAAAACUUGAUUCAGAAAAACCAAAGGCAGAAAUUGAAGACUGUAAGCUACUCCUCUCGAUAUGCCCUGGGGCUGUUUUAUGAAGCUGGAACACAGAUUUCUGUCCCCUGGGCAGCAAAGUACAUCACCAAUAAUCCCUGCAUACGAUUCAUCUCUAUUGAUAGCAAGAAACGCAAUGUAGAAUCCUCAGGGGUUGGGCCAUCACUUGUUGUGCACACCAGUGUGCCUUUUGGAAUUGAACAUCUGGAACAAGAGAAAGAAGCUGUUCAGCCUUUAAUACUAGAGCAUCUUGAAACGAUAUUGCCAGACCUUCCAAAACCAAUCGAUAUCAAGUGUCAAAAAUGGAGAUUCUCACAGGUUACAGAAGCCUUUCCUGAUUGUCCGGGCCAAAUAGCACUUCACAACAAGCCCCUGCUGUUAUGUGGAGGAGACGGAUUUACACAUUCUAACUUUGAUGGAUGUACUGAAUCGGCCCUACGGAUUGUGGAAUCGUUAGCCUCCCAUUUAUAAUGUUGACAAAAGCUUUUUAUGUAUACUGUAGUUAUAUGAUAAUAUCAAUCUUUACAAGUGGAAACUACACUUAGUUUAAUUACAUUUAUUGUUUGGUAUAACUUUUCUGGCAUCAUUUGAAACUAUUGUGGAUAUUGAUAUAACCUUCAGAAUCUUGUAUAGCAACUGACGUGACUUUUGUUCUUUAUUAUGGAAACAAUCAUGAAAUAGAUUUGUCAUUUUUUUAUUACUGAAAUGCUAGUUUAAAAUUAAGUGCUAUUUAAAUGACAGGGUUUUUUGUAGUUUAGAAGUCUCUUUUUCUUUUUUUGCUUUUCUUUUGUUGUUGUUGCUGUUUUACAACAAUCGCUGAGUGUUAUUGUAAGCUGAAUUAAUGUAUCAGUUAUUCAAGAUUUCAUGCUAGGCUUCACUGAGGAAAAAAAAAAGAUCAGAUUCUGGAUAUACGCAGAAUGCUUAAUGUCAGUGGCUUAAACAAAUCAAAAAAGGCUCUUAAAGGGACAUUACAGUAAAAAUGUAAAUGCACGUAGAUGUAUUACGUAUUUGAAUAGCAACAUAUUUGCAAUAUACAUAUAUUGGCAAAAAUGCUUCUAGUAAAUAUUAUCACUAUUUUAAUGUUAACAUGUUUCUCUGCACGUGCAUGUGAAGCAUAGCUAGAUAUUCUCUGUGCACCAGCAUUUUAAAUACUGUAGCUGUUCAGAACUUCAGUAGGGCUUGUAUUAUGUCAGCAAUUAACAAAUUGAGUCAUUACCAAACAGUACAAGCACCUUAGGCUCUCUGAGCCAGCGCUGUGUUUAAAAUGCUGGCGCAUACUUAAAUACACGUUUGAAACGGCUAUAACUUUUACUAGAAGCAUUUUUGCUAAUGCAUGUAUAUUACAAAAAUGUUUCUAUUGAAAACUGAAAUGCAUCCACGUGGGUUCCAAUUUUGGCUGGAAUAUCCCUUUAAGUGAGGUAUACACGGAACUUGACUGGCAAAUUAGAUUAGGUUAAUGUUCUAAAUAACUCAAUGAAGAUGCAGUUUCAUCAACAUUCCUGAUAUUUAAAGGGACAUGAAACACAAAAAAAUGUCAUGAUUCAGAUAGGGAAUACAAUUUUUUUUUCUUCCAGUUUCAUUCUAUUAUGAAAUUUGUGUCAUUCCCUUGUUAUUCUUUGUUGAAGAGAUAUCUAGGUAGGUAGCGUGCACAGGUUUGGAGCACUACACUAACUGCUGGCAUAUAGCGCUGCAGACAUGUGCACACUCCUGAGCUUAGCUUCCUGCUUUUCAACAAAGGAUAACAAAAAAAUUGAUAAUAGAAGUAAAUUAAAAGUUGUUUAAAAUUGUGUGUUCUAGCUGAGAAAAGUGUUGGAUUUUAUGUCCUUUUAACAUUAAUUGAACUAUAAUAUGAAAGAUCUUAGACCUAUAAAUGGUCUUAAGUCAAAAGCCAAAGGCUUAAAUAUCCCUCCCACUUCCUCAUUACCCCAGUCAUUCUUUGCCUUUUGUCACGUUAGGAGCUGGCAGAGAAGUGUCAGAAGAUUCGGAAAGUCCUGAAAAAGGUUAUCUGCCCUUCGAGAUAGGACUGGAGUUUUCAGUUGUCAACCUCUCAGUGAGAGUAUUGAUGAAAGUUAUGGUCUGGAGAUGCAGGGAAAGUUUUUCUGCGAAACCAUCCAGACUACUUAAAAAAAAAAACUAAUUUUUUUUUUUUUAGUUUAAACUCAUAGUUAAAGUCCUACCUGGGAGCCACAAGCAUUGCAGCUCUGUAGCAGAACAAGGCCAGUGAUUGGUAACUAUGUGCAAUUCUUGUACCUCAUUGGCUGUGUACUGUCAGGUGCUGCAGGGCUUGUGGUUUCGAAAUAUAACUUUACCUAUGUGUUUAACGUAUUUGAUGUGGCUAAACGGAUCUCAAGAUAGAGUAAAUAAUGAGUAAAUAAUGCAAAUGAGUAAAUAAUGUAAAUAAUGAGUAAAUAAUGCAAAUAUUGCACAUCCUCCUGAAUACGAGCUUGUAAUGUUUGCUUUAGAAUGUCACCUUAAAGGGACAUAAAACCCAAAAUUUUCUUUCAUGAUUCAGAUAGAGAAUUCAAUCUUAAACAACUUUCCAAUUUACUUCAAUUAUUUAAUUUGCUUCCUUCUCUUGUUAUCCUUUGUUAAAAAGGUUUAUCUAGGUAAGCUCAGGAGCAGCAAAGAACCUAAGUUCUAGCUGCUGAUUGGUAACUGCAUAUAUAUACCGAUUGUCAUUGGCUUAUUGAUGUGUUCGGUUAGAAACCAGUAGUGUAUUGCUGCUCCUUCAACAAAUGAUACCAAGAGAAUGAAACAAAUUAGAUAAUCGAAGUAAAUUAGAAAGUUGUUUAAAAUUGUAUUCUCUUUCUGAAAGGAACAGUAAAGUCAACAUUACAUUUUCAUGACUCAGAUAGAGUAGGCAAUUUUAAACAACGUUCCAAUUGAAUCCUGUUGUUUUUGCUUUUUUCUCUUAAUAUCCUUUAUUGAAAAGCAUACUUAGGUAGACUCAGGAGCAGCAAUGCAAUACUGGGACUAUCUGGUGAUUGGUGGCCGCACAUAUAUGCCUCUAGUCAUGUGCUCACUUCAUUUGUUCAGCUAGUUGCUGCUCCUAGGUUUACUCUUCAACAAAUGAUACCAAGAGAAGUAAAUGAAUAGAAGUAAAUUGAAAAAAAUCAUGAACGUUUAAUUCUACUCUACCUUUUAAGCACCCUGAGUGCUGUUUCCUAUAUAAGGAAAUGUGGCUCAUUAUAAAGCAAUAUUAUACAUGUAUCAAUAUAAUAUCUCCUGCAGAAGUGAACCGUUUAAGAAAUAUAUUGAAACCAGUGGGCAUAGUUCAUACACUCCCAAGGGACACCUUUGUUUUAUAUAGCAAGCAAAACAAAAUAACAUUACACUGAACUGCUAUGCACAAAAUACAGAAACAAAUCAGACUUCAUUGCAUACUGUAUUAGUGCAUUUAACUUGUACAGAACACCCCUAAUUGAGAUACCAAGUUUUCCAUGUAAAAUGUCCCUUUCCUGAAUCAUUUGAGAGACUAGUUGCAACCCUGACCAAUAUAUUUGUUGUACAUCUAAAAACAUCUCUCUUGCCUUUUCUUAUUCCUCCUUGAAUGCUGUACAUCUCUGAAGUGAUAGCAGUAUUAAUGAAUUAUGUUUAAAAUGUAACUCUUUGCAUAUGACAUUGCCUUAAAGGGUUAUAUUGGUAAUAAAAAGUAUUGGGUAUAUAAAACAGAAGUGAACAUUUAUUUUAGUAUUCGUCCACAAUCAAAUUGGAGUCAUUAAUAAAACAAUAUGCUUCAAA